AUGUACUUCAACAGNGACGACUGGACAAUUCUUGUCGCCGCCAUACUCUACAUCGGCUUCUGCAUCAUCGCUUUUGUCCUUGCCAAUGAGGAAGCCGCCAACCCUGUCUUCUCUGCCGAGACUGGCGAAGGCGUCAUAACCACUCUUCUGUGUGGUGAAGUCGUCUUCCAAGCCACCUGCCUGGUCUUCAAGCUCUCCCUCACGAUCUUCUUCCGCAAGUUUCUCAUCGUUGAAUGGCAACGAUGGCUUGUGUUAGCUUGCGGCUUCUUCUAUUGCUCUACUUGCGUCGUUGGAAUCUUCCUUGCCCUCUUCCAGUGUGGCCUACCUACGGAUCUCAUUCACAAGCACUUGACGGGCCAAUGUGUUAAGCUGGAAGCAUUUACGGCAUUGUUGUAUGUCCACGGCAUUCUAUCGGCAGUAACAGACUGGAUUUUCGCGUUAUUGCCCACCAUAACGCUCUACCGUUCGAACCUCAGUCGCGCGGCNAAAAUUUCCUCGUCUUGUCUUAUGCUGCUUGCCUGCGGAGGCUCCUUAGCCGCCGUUGCUCGCACGGCUACCACUGGCACAUAUUUGCUUCGGGAUGAGUACUUUGAUCCUAACCUACGUCCCAACUACUAUGCAAUCUCGGCACCCAUGAUCAACCUCACCGUAAUUGAAGUAGGGUUGGGAAUCACUGCCGUCUCAUUGGCAUGCUUACGCCCACUGAUGAGACGCGCAAAAGUUGUAGGACUACACCUCACCUCGCGGCUUAUGGGUUCAGACAUGUCAAAAACAGAGAUCACAGAUGAAGAGGCGACUGUAAACUUGGUCGUUGUCAACACGAAACAAAUGCAUGGUCCUGUGCCUACUGGAUCUUGUUGGAACAGAACUCCAGCUUUGGGAGCAGCAUCGAAUGCGCCACCGGAUCUUGAAGCCAGUUGGAACAAAACUCCAGCGCUGGGCACACCAAAUCCGCUUGAAGCUAGUUGGAACAAGACUCCAGCCUUGACAGACGUAACAAGUGCGCCACCUCUUGGUGCUAGUUGGAGCAAGACACCACCUUUGGACAGUAUAACAACUCCGCUAUCCACUUUGGGUGCCAGCUGGAGCAAGACUCCGCCUCUAAGUGCAACAAUUCUGCCACCUCUCGGCUCGAGCUUCUAUCAAACUCCAGCGGCUGGAGCUAUAGAGCCUCCACUAUCUCUUGGUGCGAGCUUCAACAGAACUCCAGCUAUAGCAGGCUCGAUUGAUGAGGAGAACGAGAAAUCAAGUUGGAAACGGAUGCCACGACGAAAAGAUAAAUCUACACCAGAGAUAACGAAUAUAUGA